AUGGCCAAAACAGUGUUCAGCUAUGUGAUAAGAAUCCUAGUCAUGCUCGCAACUCUUAUAGCAGCUAUUGUAAUGGGUACAAGCCAUAAAUCGGUUGACAUGAUCACUUUCACCUUCGAAGCAAAGAUCAGCAAUUGGCCAGUUCUGAAGUACUUUGUCAUUGUAAACUACAUAGCAGCUGGUUAUAACUUACUUGUUCUGUUCCUUCCCUCUGGUAGUAACCAAUGGCGAUUAAUUGUGGUCUUGGAUAUGAUUAUGGUUUUGGUAAUCGCUUCAGGGUGUUUCUUAGCGGGUGAGGACCUUUAUAUAAUGAAAAAAGGGAAUGCACAUGUAGGCUGGACAGCCAUCUGUGGCCUAGUCCCCGCUUUCUGCAACCGUCUGACCGGAGCGCUUGCCGUUGGUUCACUCGGAGCCAUAGUCCAGAUUUUGCUCACUUUGUAUACCUACCAUGUUAUUAUCAAUCCUCUACUCAUGUAG